AUGGACUUCUCUCUGGGCCUGCGCUUGGGGCCUCGGAACAAGAAGACUACCCAACAAGAGCCCCCUACGUCAUCUGGGCACGGGCCAUCAGCUACCUCUCCCUGCCUGUCCUGUCCUUCUGCCUGUGCCUGCCCCUGCCCGGGCUCUCUGCCCCCCGCCUGCUCCUGCACUGCCUGCCCCUCUUACGCAGCUACCUGUCAGUCCUGUCCCGGCCUCCCCGGCCCACCCUGCACCUGCUCUUGCCCCCCUUGCCCUGCCUGCCCUCCCUUGACGUGUCCCCAUACCUCCUAUGGCCCCUGCUCUGGCCCACCUCUGGCCUGCUGCCACCUCUCACCUUGCCCCGGUUACUCUCUUUCCAAAGGCCAAGCCGCCUGUCUGAGCUCGCACUGCUUGGGGUGCAGUGAGAACUGCAGCUGUAGCCGAAGGGCAGCUUGGGCACCUCAGGGAUCCACAGGCUGCUGCAACUUCUGCUUCAGGGGUCACAGGACUUCUCGGGGGCUCUGUCUGAUCAUCUAGAGGAGUAGGGGUGCUGGCCCCUGAGAGGAGGUUCAGUGGGCCCCUGGAGCACUUCUGAAGCUGCCUCCUCAGGCAGAGUGGAGUUGGCAGCGCAAGCCUCAAGGUCAACAGAAGACCACUGCUUUGAAGUUAGAGUCUGGGUGGACUCCUGCUGCCUCCAGAAUCUCUUCCUCUGCACCCUCUAGACUGGAAAGUGUCCUCAGAGCCUGCCUUGACGCCCCGGAAGGUUCAUCUACACAACCAACAGAGCAAUUACAGCUGAACACCCCCCCUCCCGACAUCUGUGGGGGCAUCGAUCCUAGGACCCCCACGAAUACCAACAAGGACAGGAUCACACUCUGGCAGCCCAGGCUGGCUUCAAACUCUGGAUCCUUCUGCCUCCAUCUCCCCGGUGCCAGGACUACAGAUGUGCCAUGUGCCUGGCUGAAUUAUAGGCAGCUUUACAGUGGAGGGAUCAAGCCGCUGUCACCUGAGCCCACUGAUAAAUCUUAGCAUCACUAAAAAGUGACACAAUCAGAGACUACGUGCCUCCUCAUGUGAUGCACUCUGAGCCCCCUCCCCACCCAGUGUGGCCUACAAAAGAUUCUCGCCAAACAAAGAAGCAACCAAAAAAACACAUGAAUUAAUCAAACCUCUAGUGCUAGCUUCUCUCUAUUGAGAAACAAAGGUGAUGGAGAAAGAUGCUGAACAAUAUGAGGAGGAAGAAAACAGACAUACUUAAAAUGUGGGACAUUUGGGACUGGGGAGAUGGCUCAGUGGAUGAAAUUGAAAUUCACAGAUCCCACGUAAAGACAGAUGUUGUAGCAUAAGCAUCUGCCAGCCCAGGGUACCUAGGGAGAGAAGGGAAGCAGAGACAGGAGGAUCACCCUGAAGAAGAUGGUUUGCGAACCAGCUAGCCUGGUGAAGACAGCAUGUGAUUGAUGUGAAUGAGAGACCCUGUCUCAACAUCUUGGGGGAAAAGAUAUAGAACAUUUCAAGGAAAUUUAGCUGGGCAUAGUGGCACACACCUUUAAUACCAACACUCGGGAGGUAGAGGUAAGAGGAUUGCCAUGAGUUCGAGGGCAUUGUGAGACCACACAGUGAAUCCCAGGUCAGCCUGGACUAGAGUGAGACCCUACCUCAAAAAUGAAUAAAUAGAUGAAUAAAAUAAAUUAGUUACCUUACUUAAUUUGAAACAUGCCAGCACUU